UGAAUCUUUCUCUUUGUUUGUCAUCCGGUCAUCCAUCAUUGCACUGAAGUUUAUUUUUGUUAUCUGUGAUAACGAAAUUGAAAUCUAAAAAAAGUUAAAAAUAAACUUGAGAAGUUGAGGAAAAUAAUUUUAUAUAUCGAAAAAAGAACAGACAAUUAGCUUCCUUAUUAUAAACAAAACAAACAACAUUAUUUUACAACUUUCUUAAAUCAAUCGGAGUGACUGAAAGUUUGUUUCCGCAAGUUUUCAUUGAAUAAAUCAAGUUUUAGGCAAGUGCAUUCUUCAUAUAAGUAUUGGUGGACAGUAAUGGGAAAUUAAAGAUGUGAAUUGUGCAUGAAUUUUAUUGAUAAUGGCACUGAAAAAUGAAACGGGCUAUGUGAAUGAUAGUAUUGGUAUUAAAGUAAAAGGCGAGUUAGGUGAUUUCCAAAUAAUUGAAGAAAAUAGCGACAGUGAUGAUGAUAUCGAGAUAGAUGACAAAAGUUCAAGGACGACUGGCACUCUUGCCACCAUUCCAACACUCCCACCAAGUUUAGUGAAGCCAAACAGCAGUCCAAUACAGGGCAAUGUGGCAAUUAAUAACUCUGAGAAUGUUGUGAUUGGUAACAACACUUAUUUCAAUGGACCUGUUAUUAUCAAGCAGGUUAUACAAAAUGCAUCUGGGUUAGAGAACCCUUCAUAUGUUAAAACUGAUGACGAAGACAUUCCGACACAAAAGUAUGAGCGAGAAACAAAAACUGAUAAAUCUAUCAAGAAGUUUCAUAUAAGAAAAUGGCAUAAGAUAACUUUUUCAGCAGUAUGUGUCGUAAUACUUGGUGGUAUCUUUGCAAUAUUGUCAAUUAUCCUUAGCAAUAAUUCUACUCAAGAUGAUAUUACUAGUUCUUCUUCACCAAUGUCUGAGGAAGACAACACCUCAAGGACUCCAAACUACACAAAGGUGGUGGGAUUGUUCUAUGAAAACUUAAACUUAAUUAUAUUUACAAUUAUAUUGACGCCAUUAAUAUUCCUGUUGAUGUUUUAUACAUUACUAACAUUGGAUGACUCUGGGGAUAAGAGUGUGGUCACCCGUAUUGAGAGGCAUAGGAAAAAGAGAGACUACGAAGCGAUAGAGGAUGAUAGUGAUCCCUAUGUGAAACCUAUCAAAGCUAAUCCAUUGUUGAUAGCUCCAGAUCACCUUAGGAUAGUACCUAGAUCUGACUGGUUAGCGCAACCAGUCGAGAAUGAGUUAGACAAGAUCAGGCAGCCCGUGCCCUGGGUUAUCAUUUCGCACACUGCUACCGAAAGUUGUAAAACACAGAGCGAAUGUGUUCUGCGCGUGCGGCUCAUACAAAUGUUCCACAUCGAGUCAAGAAAGUGGGACGACAUCGGCUACAACUUUUUAGUAGCGGGCGACGGUUCCGCGUACUACGGCCGCGGCUGGGACUACGUGGGCGCGCACACGUUGGGCUACAACAAGUACAGCAUCGGGAUUAGUUUCAUCGGAACAUUCAACAAUGAUCCCCCUCCUCAGAACCAAAUAGACGCUUGCAUCAAGUUGCUCAAAAGGGGAGUAGAAAUUGGUAAACUCGCUAAAGACUAUAAGCUGUUUGCGCACAGACAACUGGCGUCUACUCUCAGUCCAGGUGACAAGUUGUACGAUAUUAUAAAGGAAUGGCCGCACUUUGUUAAGAAUUUUACAAACCCCUCUGAGUUGCUCCCAAAAUAUGAUUGAGUCUAGUGAAUCUUAUUAGUUGUUAAAUGUAAUAUAUUGUGAUGGACGUAGUCUAUUGUUAACGUUGCUAAAUAUUGAAUAGAAAUUCCUUAUACGAUCAAAUCGUGAAUGUAUGUAAUGCCGGUUUGCCAAAGUGCCUCUGUUAGUUUAAAAACUGCGCGCCUAUGGACCAUUAGGUAUUAUUGAUAAGAUUGGACAUUUGCGUUGAAGCAUAAAUGUGCUAGUCAGGCUGACAUAGUAAGAUUGUUACUUAUUAACAAUGAAAUUUUAGAAAAGCUAGUAAACCCGGGUCGUAACCUUGUUUAUAGUAUGGUGAAGGUGAUCUAAAGUUUAUAAUUGUGUUAAGGUAUAAUGUUUCCAUUUCCCCGUAGUGUAACGUAAUGUUCAGAUGGCAAGCGUUUUGCUAAUGCGUUUUUACAACUAUAUGCAUUUUCCAUACAUUUUAUUGUGAUCGUUCACAUAUUAACAAGUACUAGGAUGUGAACGUAAUGUCUCGCGUGUACUAAAAUGCAUGUAAAGCUGAAAGCGCGUGUUAUCAAAACGCGCUUAACUGAAUCAUUCCAUAGUGUUUUUUAAUGAUUUGAUUGUGUUAUAUCGCAAUGAUACAAACGGAAAUAUAUAUACUUUUGCAAUUAUAUAUUUUGAAAUACUUUAUAAAUAAUUGUAAUUUUGAUGAAGACAUAUUUUUAUAAACUUGUAUGCACAUAUGAUUUCAUGUAAAACUCAAAGUUCUGUACGCCAUUUGCUAUAAAAUUGCAAUAAUUCUGGUUUGUGGACAAAAAUUGUGAUCUUUUGUAAAGUUUGGAAGAAUUUUAAAACUAUGCUUGUACAUUUAUUAAUGUACAUAAGAGUUAACUAAAGUAAAGUAAAGUAAGGUAAGGUAGGGAGUUUAAAAUAUCUGAAAUACUUAGUAUUUUGUUAUAAAGGUGUGUCACAAGUCAAGUAUCAGCAGUAAUAAUGUAUGCAUUGUAACGUAUGAUUAUGUCUUUACGUUACCUGUUUUAAUUAAUUGAAUCAACAAAACAAACAAUUAGUAUUCAGUUUUCGUAUUCAUCAUAUAAAAGGGUAAAUACAUUAAUAAAUUUGUAGCCAUUUUUUUAAACAUUUCGUAAUUAUUAUUUAUUGUAUGUACAAUACAAUGAUCGUCAUUAUAUCAGCCACGAGACGGCCACUGCUGAACAUAGGCCUCCCCCAAUGACUUUCAGAUACACCGGUUUGAAGCGACCUGCUUCCAUAUGUGCAAUAUAUUAGGUACAAAUUGCUUUGCUUUGCUUGUAAAAUGUAUAUGAUGUAAGAUUUUCUUUAACUGAUUCUAUUUCUUAAUUAGACUUUGUACUAUAACUUAAUUCCAUCCGGAUCCACUCACCCAUAGCCAGUGAUAAAAAUAAAUGUGUAAAAUUCUUGGUAUUCCUUUAAUUCUUUAUUUACGUUAGACAGGAUUACAUAAAAUUCAGGUUUGUGCUAAAUAGUACAUGUUCACACUUACCUUUUAGGUAAUUUUCAAUUGCGAUGAAAUAAUUAACAACAGUGUGUUACAAUCUUAAGGUCAUGGAUAUGGAUGGUCAUACAGUAUCGGCAUGGCCAUGACUCGCGUGCGGGCAUUUUUUGCUUUGGGAAAAGCCAACAUCAUUCAGUCCGCGUGCUGACAGCCCGCCGUUAGCUUUUUGUAUUUGACGUUAUGAAAUAUAUCAUAAGACAUACGAUUUAAUGUUCAAAUUUAAAUGAUAAGUUAAUAACUGGGUUCCAGUGGUGCCGUUAAUGUGUACAUGCUUACAUUCAUAUUGUAUUUUUACCUUUGAUCUCAUAAAAUAAAGAGUUAUUGCCGAUCAAUUUAUGAUUAAAAUGUAUUUACUCUCGUCACUCAAUGUUAUCAUUGGGUCUGAUAUUGGAUACUAUUUUUUGUUCUAUCUACUUAACUGUUUUUCUCUGUAAUAAUUAGAAUACAGGGUUUCGUCACGUAACACUUCAAGGAUGCUCAACUUCUUUCAAGCCAAGGUAGGGGUUCAUAAUAUUAGGCUGCGCCAUCGAAGAGUUACCCGAGUAAACCGUAUGUUCUAAUUAUUUUUAUUAUAAUUCUGGAUAGUUAUUGUUCCAUGAACAGUAUUUUGUAUAUUUUAAUAAUUUUACUGUAUUCUUGUAUGGUUGCCGCGCAUGUGGUUUUGGGUUCGAUCACUCUUGGAUUAAAUAUUAAUUAUUGAAUUUGUAAGAAAAUCCUAAUAACACCUUCAUGGAGUCUGACAUUGAACUCAGUGUUAGGAAAAGUAUGCUUUUUUUUUAAAUAGAUGCCGCAGGACUAACAGCUGGUUAAUUUACACCAAUGGCUAUCUUCUGGCGAAUAACAAUCGUAAUUCUUGUCAAGUGCAAUUAUUGUAUAUAUAUAAAUAUCUUUAUAUGGAAACAUGUGUUGUUUAAUGCAUUUAUUUUAAUAAUCUUGUAAAAAAAUUGAUUGAUACAUAUCAAUAUUAAGUGAAAGUACCUAUAUUGUUGUAAUGUGUCGUAAUUUGUUGACAAUUCUAAGAUUAUAAUAGUAAAAAAAUAGUAAACGUUGUGUUACUUGCAAAAACACUGUAAAUAAAAUUGUUUAAAAAUAUAGUUCGACAUGGAAUUCAAAAUAAAAGAAUUUUACAGGAA